AUGUCUGCAUUAGUAGAGGACAGCUCUGGCAGAAGCGAUGACAUACAAGCUUCAGAGGUUAGCAAGGCUGAUGUUCUCACUAAAGAGGCAUCGGUCACAGUGGGGGAAGAAUCCCAGACGAACUCAACAAAUGAAGCAGAAGGCAAUCGUUCUGCUAAAUCUCAAAAUGAGAACGACACAGUCUACGUCAAUGGCCACCCCGUCAUUGAAAAUGGAGACGACGUGUCGAGAUUCCUGAUCUCCGAUCGCGACGAUGGUGACCCUUCAUUUACAUUUCGCUCAAUAGUCCUGGGCACAGCUUUUACGGCCCUUUCUAGUGUGAUCACCAUGAUCUACAUCUUCAAGCCAACUAUGAUGCAAGUUUCGGCGGUUUUCCUUCAGCUGCUGGUCUACAUCUUUGGCGAAGCAUGGGCGAUUUUCACCCCUCGACCGGAUCGAUUCAAAAGCAGAUGGGUGCAGAAGACGCUUCGAUUCCUCAACUCUGGACAACCGUUCGGAAUCAAAGAACACGUUGUCGCUUCACUGAUCGCAUCAUCUGGGAACAAUGGGCUUGCAGGAGUCGAGGUCUAUGCUGCUGAGCGACUUUUUUACGAUCGCAGCGUCUCUGCGUCCACUGCAAUACUCGCUACUUUCUCUAUCUCUCUUUGUGGAUUUGUAGUGGCGGGGUUAUUACGACCGCUUAUCGUCUACCCUGCUGAAAUGGUGUAUUGGACUACUUUGCCACAAGUGGUGCUGUUCCAAAAUCUCCACUUCGAUACUCGCGCGAACAGAGGCCGACUCAUCAAAUUUGGCUGGGCUCUUGUUCUCGCUGCAAUCUGGGAAUUUUUCCCAUCAUAUAUUAUCACUUGGUUCGGUGGACUUUCCAUCGUCUGUCUGGCUACAAUCAAUGCCCCAGAAAACACAAGGACUAUCAUCUCUACAAUUUUUGGAGGUGCAUCAUCCAAUCAAGGGUUGGGUCUGCUCAAUUUCUCUUUAGAUUGGCAAUAUAUCCAGAGCCAGUACCUAUCCUUGCCUUUCAAGCAACAACUAAACACUUGGAUUGCAUAUGUCAUCUGGUACCCUGCAAUGCUUGGUCUCUACUACAGCAAUGCCUGGAAUGCCAAGAACUUUCCAUUCAUGUCUACUUCUCUCUUCAAGAGUGAUGGGUCCAGAUUAACCACAACCGCAAUCCUGAACAGCGAGGGAAUCAUUGACGAGGCCAAGCUUGCGAAAAUCGGUUUGCCGUACUUGACCUCCAGUACAGUCUGGGGAUAUUUCACCCAAAAUCUCGCAAUUGGAGCGUUGAUUACGCAUGUGAUAAUUUUCUACGGCAAAGAUAUGGUACUGGCAUGGAAGCAGGCCCGAAGCAAGACGCAACCUGAUCCACACUAUCGGGCGAUGCUCAAAUACAAAGAGGUUCCAAUGUGGUGGUACUUGGUCCUCUUCGUUCUCUGCUUCAUUGCAGGAAUUAUCGUGACUGCUCACGGCGAGACAACCCUCCCUGUCUGGGGUUAUAUCAUUGCUCUUCUCCUUGGAGGGUUCAUUGCACCAUUCUCCUGUAUCUUAUACGGGCUUUAUGGGAGCGGAGUCUCCACGAACCAGAUCUCAAAGAUGGUUGCAGGUGCAGUGCAUCCGGGGCGGCCCUUGGCCAACUUCUAUUUCGCUAGCUGGUCUCACCAGGUCAUACUUCUCGCCGUCAAUCUGGCAAACUGGUUGAAAGUCGGACAGUAUACAAAAGUGCCACAUCGGGUCAUGUUUGGCACCCAAAUUUACGCAACCCUUCUCGGAGCUGGUCUCAACUAUGCUGUGAUGACCACCAUCGUCACGAACCAGCGCGAGAUUCUCCUAGAUCCUGAGGGAAAUAGUGUUUGGAGUGGCUCUUACAUGCAAAGCCUCAAUUCGCAAGCCAUUACCUGGGCUCUGGCCAAGGACAUGUACGGUGCUAAAAGCCGAUACUUUAUCGUCCCUCUUGGCAUUGUCAUCGGCCUAGCUCUGCCAGUUCUUCACUGGGGAGUCGCGAGAGUUUUCCCGCGGGUUCGCAAUUGGCCGAUCAAUACUGCGAUUAUUGCAUUGUACUCUGGCUACACUUAUUACGGGAACACCUCAUGGGUAUGUUCCUCAAUUGCGGUCGGGGUUUUCUCUCAAUUCUGGCUUCGCCGCAGAUUGCCCAGAAUCUACAACAAGUACAACUACCUCAUUGGAGCUGCCAUGGACGGAGGUUCUCAGAUCGUCAUUUUCAUCCUGUCAUUUGCGGUUUUCGGCGCGAGUGGAACAGAGCAUCGAUUCCCGACGUGGUGGGGAUCGCCCUCUGGUAACCCGGAUCAUUGCUUGUAG